AUGGCGCUUUCCAUGAUACGAGAUAGGCUGCUUUCGUUGUGGUCGACACUCAGGAGCUGGGGUGCUGCCCUUUUGCGUCGCCAUUCACCUCUUACCACUCUGUUAAGUCGCUGGUUAACCUGGGGCGUGAAAUCGGGAAACCAAUCUGAUCCGAACAUCAAUGACGUUAUUGAAAUUGAGAGAGAUGCAAAAGGCGAAUUCAUCUGUGGCGGCUUGACAGGAAUAGUUGAACUGCUUGAUAAUGACACUGUCAUCAAGUCACCUUUCCCCGGCCCUAUGAUGGAAGACCAUAUUCAAGACAUCGCUAAGGAGGCGGUUAUAUAUCGGCGAAUCGGUCCCCAUGAGAGGCUUGUUAGGCUAGUCAGUCAUUCAAGUGAUGGCAUUAUACUUGAGUAUAUGCCAAAUGGCGAUCUCAAGAGAUAUUUGCAAUCUCAUGAGUCGAGCUCAGUUCCAAGGAGUCUCAAAUUAACUUGGGCGUACCAAGUAUCGGAAGCGGUCCAGCUUCUCCAUAAUAGCAAUAUUCUUCACUGUGACAUAAAACCACGAAAUCUUCUUCUGGAUAACGAACUUAAUAUCAAAAUAAUCGAUUUCUCCGGCUCAUCUCUAGAUGGUUCUAAACCAACUUCAGGUGAAGGAACUCGAUUCUAUCUGCCACGCGACUGGAGAGAACCGCCAACUAUAGCAACAGAUCUUUUUGCGCUAGGCUCGACUCUCUAUGAAAUUUUCCAGGGAAAUAGUCCUUUUGAAGAUAUUCCAAGUGAUGAAGUGACAAUACGUUAUGAGGCCCAGCAAUUUCCAAAUGUUUCCGAUAUUCCAUGCGGCGAAAUAAUUGAAAAGUGUUGGCGGUCAGAGAUAAAGUCUGCUCAAGAAGUACAAACUGCUAUCAGAAACCUUGUCAACAUAUAA